AUGGCAGGGCCCAAAUUUAUGGAUGUAUACCUGCCACCUGCUGCUAGCAACUGCCACUGCCCAGUGGGCCAAGAGAAGGACAUAGAGAGCAACUAUCUGGCACGCUUUCAUGUUUACCACAUUGCAAGUGCCUGUGUCUGCCUCCACGUGCCUGUGUCCGCCCCCACGUGCCUGUGUCUGCCCCCACGUGCCUGUGUCUGCCCCCACGUGCCUGUUUCUGCCCCCACGUGCUUGAGUGCAAACUCGUGCGUGGUAUGCAACUGCGGCCCCAAUGCGAAGUGCCUAAAGAGUGAGGGAGGCUGGGCAAACUGUGUGUGCGAAAGGGGUCUCAAGCUGCUGCCCAAUGCGUCCUCCACGCACUCGUGCUCCAUAAUGGACUGUGGGGAGAAUGCGUACUGUGAGAAGGAGCAGGAGCUCGCUGUCUGUCACUGCAAUUGGGGCUACACCAUGAUCGAAAACAGCUACGUUGGACCUGCCACAUACGGGAGCUGUCCGACCUUGGCCACUUGCACUCGUGUCUCGGCUACCAUCAAGGCUCCCUACUGCCCUCCCGGCUAUGGCAUGACCAGCACUAGUUGCGUCCAGGGAGCCUUGCCAACAGUCUCCUCCUCAAGUUUCACCUUCUAUGACAAACCCUUUUACGGCUUAUCACCCAACACCUACACCACACACAUGGACUACAACGCAUGCACGAACGUGCCCCUGAAGUACAGUUCAUACUGGCGCGUGGACCAUGCACCCGGAGGAGCUGGUGAUUGCUUGAAAAUCUCCACGUAUACUCUUCAUGACUGCAUUGGACUUAUGACUGUGCUCUAUGACCUGCCCUUGAACAGCAUCGAGGCACUGGGUGUCGGGUAA